GUGUUUUUCAAACCAGAGUCCGCCGGCCCUCUGCAUCAGCACCAUCAGAGAUGCUAGUUUAAAAAACGCAGGAACCAGGAAUCUGCAUUUUCCAGCUCGGGGCCAACGCGGCUGAAGAACGAGACCCAGUGAGCUGGCUUUCAGCCUGCGGCCAGUUUCCACACGAGCCGGUCGCUUCCGGUUGGCGCCCUAACAUCAUCAGGCAGCGCCGGAAGUACCCUCGCGCUGCCUAGGAGACAGGACGCGGGCCCGGCUGCUGACAGGGCCGGGCCGGCCGCGCCCACCCGGUCGCCAUGGAGCUGCCUCCAGGGCCGCGCGAUGAUCCCUGCGCCUGGGACGAUGACUCGGAGCCGGAGCCGGAGCCUGAUCCCGACGCACAGGCUGAGGCUUACGUGGCCCGCGUGCUCAGUCCUCCGAAACUCGGGCUGGCGCCCUCGCACGCCCCUCCGCUGCCCGCGCCCGCUGUGUCCCUUGGCGCUCUGGAACCGCGGGCCGCGUCCAAGGGCCCGGCGGUGGCGGUUCCGGGCCUGCUGAGCCUUCCUCCGGAGCUGCUGCUCGAGAUAUGCGCCUACCUGGACGCGCGCCUCGUGCUCCACGUCCUGCCGCGCGUGUGCCACGCGCUGCGCGACCUCGUGCGUGACCAUGUCACCUGGAGGCUACGCGCGCAGCGCCGCGUACGCGCGCCCUACCCAGUGGUGGAAGAGGAGGACUUUGACUGGCCAACAGCCUGCAUUGAGCUGGAGCAGCACCUGUCGCGCUGGGCAGAGGAUGGGCGCAGGGCUGAGUACUUCUGCCUGGCUGAUGGGCACUUUGCUUCCAUUGACUCAGUGCUGCUGCUCCAGGGUGGGACACUCUGCCUGUCAGGCUCCCGAGAUCGCAAUGUCAACCUGUGGGACCUGCAACAGCUGGGGGUGGAGCCCAGCCGGGUUCUGGUCAAGGCCCUGGGCACCCAGAAGAACAGCACUCACAAGGGCUGGGUGUGGUCACUGGCGGCGCUGGACCACCGAGUGUGCUCUGGUUCCUGGGACAGCACGGUGAAGCUCUGGGACAUGGCAGCUGAUGGGCAGCAGUUUGGCGAGAUAAAGGCCAAGGCAGCUGUGCUGUGCCUGUCCUACCGGCCUGAUAUCCUGGUGACUGGCACCUAUGACAAGAAGGUGACCGUCUACGACCCCAGAGUUGGCCCGGCCCUGCUGAAGAGCCGGCGGCUGCACUCAAGCGCGGUGCUGGCGCUGCUGGCGGACGACCGGCACAUCAUCUCAGGCAGCGAGGACCACACGCUGGUGGUGUUUGACCGCAGAGCCAACAGCGUCCUGCAGCGGCUGCAGUCCUUUGAUGUGGGCCACAGGUCUCAGAUCACAGGGAUCAAGCACUCCCUGGGGGCCUUGUACACCACGUCCACCGACAAGACCAUCCGGGUGCACGUGCCCACAGACCCACCAAGGACCAUCUGCACUCGAAGCCACCACAACGUGCUGAAUGGGAUCUGCGCUGAGGGCAACCUGGUGGUGGCCGCCUCUGGGGGCCUCUCGCUGGAGGUCUGGAGGCUGCAGGCCUGAGCAGGCAGAUGUGGACGUGGAUCUGCCGGCUGGCAGGCUGGGCUGGAGCCUCCGUUCUCGGGGGGACCUUCCCCCACGCUGGUGCUGCUGCCUCUGCCCCGCCCCACAGGCGUAGGGCACAAGGGGUCCUGGCCACGGUCCGGUGGGGGAGGUCCCUGGGCUGGGCCCCAUGCCAGGGGAGGUGAGGUUUGUGUUUCGGCCAACCCAGGGGGCUGCUCCCCACCCUCGGGCCCUUGUUUGUGUUAUGAUUUGGAUGCCUGCUCUCCCUGGAGAGCAAAGGAGAAAUAAACCUGAUGUACUGGUGCUCCGGCCUGGACCGUGAGCUUGGUGUCACCUGAGGGCUCCGCCCGAGGCUGCUUGGGGCUGGGAUGCCAGGGAUGUGUGUGUGUCUGUGAGUUGGUGUAUGAAAGCCUCAGCGACAGCCACUGCUGUGUGUGUGUGUGGGUGUGCACCUGUGCCCGCCCGAGUGCACUUCAGGGAUCACGUGCGUCUGAGUGUCCCCGGGGAGGCCGGUCUGGCUGUGUGUGUUGUUAUAGUAUUCCUGUCUGUGUAUGUCUGUGUGGAAGAGGGAGACAUUUGAGAACGUGGCACCUGUAUGAUGGCACCUGUGUGUGUGUGU